CCUAAAGAAAUGAAUUCAAUCAGCAUUAACUAUUGGAGCCAAACUCUGAUGAUGGUGUGCCCCAUAAGUUCUGAAAAAUGGGAAAUCUCUAUCCUAAACCUUCAACAGGAAGAGCUAGAAUUCCAUCCUGCCUUUUGGAUAAUUACAGGACUGUUUCUCGCCUUCGGAGUCUUCAGUGCCCUUAACGAAGAUUUAUUUAACUCUCUCGAUGAAGAUCAAGAGAGGGAUAGCCUUAGAGUUGAAGACGUCCCUUUUUGCAGUGAUGAUGAUGAAAUGGAUGAGUAUCAAGACCUCUUCAACAAGGAUGACCCUUUAAUCAAAGAAACUCAGAACAAUACUGAAAAGAAUAUGUACAUCGGCAUCGACCACUCCAUUAAUCUUAAGGAGGAGAUAGAAACGUUAUCUGAGAAAAACAAUAAUAUAGAAAAACUAAGUUUUCACUAUUUUCGUUGUGAUAAACUCAAGAAGCCUUCGACUACAAAGUCGUGAGAACUUAACAGGUCAUUGACAAACAAAGGAAUUUUUGAAAAGAUUACCAUACCUAACUUGAAGUGAUACAAUAGCCAGACGGAGCCAUCUACCGUAGCUGAGCUGAGUCCUAAGAACAAAUUGUCACGGAAGAGAGUAAGGUUCCAAUAAGUCCAGAUAUGGAUCUGGCGUUUUAAACCUAAUUAUUACUA